CCACCGCCCCAACAACACCUCAUUAAAACGGUGUCACCAAUCAUUCCGACCUAAACCAUCUCCAUCGAUCUCUAUAUAUUAUGCUAUUCUCUACACUAGUUCAGACUCCAUCAGUUCGUUCAUCAAUAGCUUAAUUAUCACUUUCAAUCUCUGGAAAUGGUGUCUUCGCCUGAAACCAUCCACUGCCUCAAGUCCAGCAUGCGGCUGUCAUCGGUUGUUCCGGCGACGGUCACCGGCCAAGAGCACAAGGUCCAUGAGCUGACGAACAUGGACUUGGCCAUGAAGCUUCACUACAUCAAAGGGGUAUACUUUUUCAAAAGCGAUGCAGUUGAGGGGCUUACGGCCAAGGACUUGAAGAAGCCUAUGUUCCAGCUCCUGCAACGCUACUUCGCCGUCUCCGGGAGAAUCCGGAGAUCCGUAACCGGCCGGCCUUUCAUCAAGUGUAACGACAGCGGUGUGAGAACUGUGGAGGCACGCUGUGAGGAUACCGUUGAUGAAUGGUUGGCCAGGGCUGUGGAGGAUGAUUCUGUGUUUGAUGGCCUCGCUUAUAAUCAAGCACUUGGUGAUCCUGAUCUUGGUUUCUCUCCUUUGGUCUUUGUACAGUUCACUUGGUUCAAAUGUGGAGGAAUGUCAGUGGGACUUGGCUGGGCAAAUGUUCUUGGAGAUGUGUUUUCAGCUUCAACCUUCAUCAACCUGUGGGGGAAGGCCAUGGCUGGUCACAAGCAACAGAAGUCUCUGCACGUACCAGACUCUGCAAAAUCUGAGUUUCCAGUUUCAGUACUUCCCAAUAUUGUAUCACCAAAUGCCGUGAAAAGGGUUGAUCUAGUUGGCGAUUUAUGGCUCACACCCAACAACUCCAAGAUGAAGACGCAUACUUUUUAUAUUCAUGGAGAGAAAAUUAACCAUUUUCUCUCAGACCAAAAUUCCAAGGUCUCAGCUUUUGAGGUGCUCUCUGCAAUCAUAUGGAAAUCCUUGUCAAAGAUCAAGGAAAACGCAAAAGAGACAAGGAUGGUGACUCUUUGUCAAAAAUUUGGUGAAAGAAAAUUUGAGUUUCCAAGUAAUGAGAUGGUGUGGAGCACAGUUGAAGCAGAUUUCUGGGUUGCAGAAGCUGAGGUCUCCGAACUGGUGGAGCUCAUUUUGAAGAAAAAGGGAGAUGAAAACGGCAUGAUUGAAAAGAUAAUGGGGAAUCAUGAGAGUGGGGAAAGAUGUUCAGACUUCAUAACAUAUGGAGCAAAUUUGACAUUUGUGAAUUUGGAAGAGAUAGAGAUUUAUGAGCUUGAACUGAAGGGGCAGAAGCCAGUUUAUGCAAACUAUUCCAUUAAUGGAGUUGGUGAUGAAGGAGUUGUGUUGGUGCUUCCUGCACGGCCAAAAUGUGGUAAGGAUGGAGAUGAUGUUAAGGGUGAUAGAACUGUGACUGUGGUUUUGCCUGAAAAUCAACUUGCACAGCUGAAAGUUGAGAUCCAAAAGAAUUGGGAUAUCGUUUGA